AUACAUUUUGAACCUGUAUGAGAAAACUAAUCUGUUUUCCAUUUAGAAAUUUGAAAUGCUCAAUAAUGCAGCUAGCUACCUUUAGGUCAUCAACUUUGUGAUCUUAAGUUCAAUCUGCAGGUUUACAGUUUUGCUGUUCAACUUUUUUUUUGCACUUUAAACUCACUGGCUGCUUGGUACAGUUGCAAACUAGCUUGUCAGAAGGAAAACUGCAAACAAAGUAAAAACAGCAUUUAAUCUGUUAGAAUAGAUUGAAGAAUGGCAGCUCGUCCAAUCCAGAGCAACGUAGAAAAACUUCCAGACUUUGUCCAUAUGAAUGACCUGGCUUGUGAAAUAACUGGAGCAAAGGUCCUAUUUGCAACAGAUGAUUGGUUUGCAGCUGCAGAGAAUCUUUUGAAGUCUGAAGCACCACAGUGGAAGUCUCAAGAAUUUACAAAUUUUGGCAAAUGGAUGGAUGGAUGGGAAACUAGGAGAAAGCGAAUUCCAGGUCACGACUGGUGUGUUAUCCAGCUGGGCGUUCCUGGAGUCAUCCAUGGAAUUGAUAUAGAUACUUCUUACUUCACUGGCAAUUAUGCGCCUCGUAUGUCAAUUCAAGCAGCCUGCUUAAAUGCUGAUGCUGUUCCAGACCUACCUCCAAGAGGAGAAAAAAUUGGAACUGCAGCUUCAGAGGAGGAAUAUGAAGCUAUUGGAAAGUUGAAAUCAGAGAGCUGGACUGAGUUAGUUCCAAUGACAAUUCUACAACCAGGCUACGUUGACACCUGCCAUCAUUACUUCCCUGUUCGGCAGCAGAAGCGAUGGACUCAUAUCCGGCUUAACAUGUACCCAGACGGAGGGAUUGCACGGCUGAGGGUUUAUGGCAUAGGCCACAAUGAUUGGUCAGCAAUUUCACAGAGGCAAACAAUAGAUUUGGUUGCAAUGGUCAAUGGAGGUGUAUGCAUGGGAUUCAGCAAUGCUCAUUUUGGACUCCCUAACAACAUUAUAGGUAUUGGAAGAUCCAAAGUUAUGUCUGAUGGAUGGGAAACUGCCCGAAGACUGGACAGACCAGCAAUAUUAAAGGCAGAUGACAAAGGUAUUUUACAGGUACCUGGCUGUGAAUGGGCCAUUUUUAAGCUUGGGCAUCCUGGCUUAAUAACGGACAUUGAGAUCGACACAAACCAUUUUAAAGGUAACUUCCCAGAUAGUUGCCUAAUUGAAGGGUGUGCCAUCAGUCCAGAGGAGGAGAGAGAAAACAUCAAAACAGAGGCAAAAAGCUGCAUGAGCUUGAAAUGGAAAAUACUGCUGCCAAUGACUAAGCUGAAACCACACCAGCAGCAUUUCUUCUCCAUCAAAAUGCAAGAUGUUGUAACUCAUGUGAGGCUGACGAUUAAACCAGAUGGUGGGAUUAGUAGGAUGCGGCUAAUGGGACACCCAUGUUCCUUCCCUUGAUGAAUCUGUGAAGCUUCUCAUUAAUACUUUGAAAAUUCUUCUCUUAGGUACCAUUUCAGCCUUGUUAGACUAUCAUAGUCUGAAAACUUAUCUUUAUUGCAGAGUGUCUUAUGUCAUUGAUGCUAAUAAUUGUCUCGUGUGAAAAAUGUCUUUUCUCAUAAAUUGAUCUUGACAUUUACCCUUUACAAAUGUAUGGACUGUGGAGGCACUGAGGUUAUAUGCAGGCAUUAGCAGACCUGAUCUUGUGAUUCUAAAUAUAGAUUAAAGAUCCAGAUUCAAAUGCAUGUCUUGGUGUCAGCAUUUUCUCUGCCUUGGCUGAAUUCUUUGUAGGGUUUUAAUUUUCUAACUGUAAUUUUUGGCUCAGUUUGGUUUAGGUGUUCAACAAAAUUAGUCUCUUUUGGUUAUUAGAAACUGAAAUGUAUCAGCUUGUAGUCUAUAUAAAGCAUAACAAAUUGAAAGUGCUAAUAAACAAUUUAGUUCUGCCGAAGGG